AUGUCGCGUACCACUACGUCGUUGACACAGGAGACAUCUUCAUCCACCGUUCCCACUAUUCCAGACGAGAAUGAUGAACAUACUCUGGAAGGGUUCGGUGACAUUUCUCUUUCCGAUAACUGUUUUAUCCCAGGUGUUGCCUCAGAUCUUUCACCAAGAAAAAAGGAAACCAUCCCGCGAGGUACAAAAAAGCCCCCGACGCUCCAUCUCCGCCCUGGAGUCUUGUCUAAUAGACCUCUUCCUCCGUUGAUGGCCAAGGCAUUGAGAAGCCCAACUGAACAUCAACAACUCAUCAAGGCCACUCUCGCAGAGCCCAAAGUCAACUUCAAAACCCUCAUCGAUAGCGUCCGUCUCACAGAGGAGAAGAUGUCCCAAAACACCCCCAAAAGGAAGGGGAUACCAUCGCCCAUUGCAAUCUUUAAACGCGGCGGCUCGUCGUCUCCAGCACCGUCGCCUAUAGCGGCCUUAUCACCCAAAACGCCCAAAACGCCCAAGCCUAUGACUCCCCGGACGCCAAAGUCGCCGACUUCCCCCCAGUCACCCAAGCCAUGGCGCGGAAAUUCGCCCUUGCCCAAAAGACUCCCACUCCCGACAUGGGAUCUUUUAUAUCCUGAAUUGGAAGAUGCCAAAGAGAAGGAGAACAAGGAGACGCAAGACAAUGUGCCCGAGGAGAAGGUACCACAGCAAAAGGAUGUGGCCACCUAG